AUGAUAAUCACCUAUCCCACCAGCUCGGUGAACGUAGACAUCGGGAUGUACUGGCACAUCUCAUGGCAAGACGCUUCGGACGACCCCAAGGUGGUUGAUUUCUGGCUGACGCAUGAGCGCCGCCAGCCCGAGUAUAAACCGGUGCUUCUUGCCGAAAACGUGAAUGCCCAUGAGCAACAGACAAUUGUUGUUAAGGGGGACGAUUCAUCGACUAUCAAAACUGAUAGCGACUACCGGGUGUGGGCCAUGAAGCAGGGAGAGAAGCCUAUGCAGAAUGGAACCCAUCCCGUCGCUGAAUCGGACGAUUUCAGUGUGACGAACAAGUCAACCCCUAGGAAUUGA